GUCAAGAAGGCCGGCGUUUUGGGAAAACAGAUGCUUGCUGAUGUCCGUCGAGACAUGGAACGACUCUCUCUUCCAUCAUGGGUUGCCAGAGCACCUAGCCGCCCAGGCGAGACAACGCAAGGAAAAUUCAGUGCAGACCAGUGGCGAACAUUUUGCACCGUAAACUUACCAAUCACCUUGAUACGUCGAUGGGGCUCGUUGCCAAAAAACGAACGCAAGUAUAGAAUGCUAGCAAAUUAUAUGCAGCUCGUGUCCGCAGUCCGUCUGGCGAACAUGCGGGAGAUGACAGAAAAACGCAUCCAAUACUUCGAGGAACUCAUUCGCUUGUAUCUGAAAGGCAUACAGGAGUUGUAUCCUCACACUAACAUCACAAUCUAUCAGCAUAUGAUGCAUCAUUUUGGAUCUUUACUCAGACGCUUUGGCCCUGUUCAUAGUUGGCGUUGUUUUGCUUUCGAACGUCUGAAUUAUGUUCUGCAGCAGACAUCCACAAACAAUAAAUUAGGGGAGUUGGAAAAGACAAUGUUCCGACGAUUCUGCAUGACUCAAAAACUGCGCUCCAUCUUCCAUGGCGCUUCUCUUCCAGCUUAUUUGGUCUCCCUUGCUACAAUUUAUGAAAAAUGCUUCGAGAGUUCCGACACUCGAGGCACCCGCAUCACUGAUGUUCUUGCAUGGGAGACGGCGGCCGAGAACUCGCUAACAGAGAAAGUCGAUUGGAGCGACCAGGGUCAACUUACUGCUCUAGACACGCAAACUUUCAAGGCACUCUCGCAUGCGGUCAAGCUUUUGACGCCAGAAGUACCUCUUCGCCUUUCCCCUCACGUACAUGACUGGAAGCGAGUAGAAUGGCGAGAUUUCACGUUUACGACUCAGAAUUGUGCUUUUUCGGACUCUCAAGUUGUUUUUGACACCGGCAAGGGAUGGUCUGCCGGCUGUAUAGACCGCAUCUUCAGCGCCCGUUGGAUUGCUGAUGGAAGCCAUCACUAUUCAACUUUUGCUCAGGUCAAGGAAUAUUCUCCUUUGUCGCAGCAAGACAGUCAAUUUGACAACUACCGCGAUUUUGGCUUCGCUGGCGGCCGCUUGUUCUACAAUCAUUUCGAGAAAGAGCCGAUCGUUUUGCCUCUUGCUCAACUUAGUUCCCAUUUUGGAUUUUCCAUUCAGUCAGUCCCUAGUAUUACAACAGAAAUCUUCCACGCGCUCCCCUUGAACAAAGUGAGUUUCUAG